CGAAAACUUCAUUUCGUUUUAUAUCAUGUUGAGAGUUGGUUAAUGAAAUACGUGUGACUUUUAGUUGUGUAGUUUCAUUUCAAAAUGGAAGCCAGUGAAGUGAUUUUCAAGGAGAUCCAAGGAGGAUACGAUUCGAUCCCGACAUGGACCCUUGCCGAUACCUUAUCUUGGAUCACCAUCAUAGUAGCUAUAUACUUGAUCUCAGUGAAGAAGGCUUUACCAGAAAUAAUGCAAAACCAGCCCCCAUACAAAUUGACGAAAAUAUUGCUAUGGUACAACGCCUUUCAAGUUAUAUACUCGGUUUACUUAGUGUUCAUUUAUACUCGAUAUAUUUGGAGACACGGCAUAAUAACAACACGGUGUCCACAAGGCAAUGAUUUACAAGAGGUGAUAAAUGAAAUAUACCCGUACUUCAUAGCAAAGCAUUUGGACCUCCUAGACACAGUUUUCUUCGUCCUCCGCAAGAAAGACAAUCAGAUUACUUUCCUUCACCUUUACCAUCACACUGCGAUGGUGUCAUGGACCUGGCUUCAUCUGAUGCAUCAUCCUACUGACCAUUUCGUGGUGGUUGGUCUCCUGAACAGUUUUGUUCAUGUGUUGAUGUACGCUUAUUACGGAAUCUCAUCAUUGGGACCAGAGUACGCGAAGUAUGUUUGGUGGAAGAAGCAUUUAACCAAAGUCCAGUUGGUUCAGUUUGUUCUGGUUGUCUCGGAUCUCUACUAUCAGCAGAAACUGACUCCUUGUCCUAUCCCGGGUUACUUCCAUUGGUUCUGCGUCAUCAGCAUCUGCUCUUUCUUCUUUCUCUUCAUGAACUUCUACUUCAGAAACUACAAGAAGAAAACUAAGAGGGACCUAGAAGCACCAAGCAGGAUCAAUAAGAGUUGUUUGAAUGUCGAAUUUACUGAAAUAAAUAAAGUUAAGUAAAAUUUAAGUGUGUCAAUUAUAGUCGCAUUAGUUUUUUUUAUUUUGUUCAUGUAAAUUUAGAAAGUUUAUUUCUUGUACCUAUACAUUUAUAUCUUAUAUAUAAGAAGUCAUCACGUACUCUUUCAUAUACAUUAUAGUGAAAAUUGUUAUAAUGUUAAUAAGUUUCACUGAAAUAAAUAUAUUUUAGAAAUUACUAAAUAAAUUCGAAUAAAAUUUUAAACAAGUAGCAAACGUUAUAAUACUCGCUUUAUUAA